GCCACAGCCACGUGAGAAAUCCCCGCGGUCGAUUUCACACCACUCUUUUGUGGUGAAAGCUCUUUUAAAUUACUUUUGAAAACACUUAAAUCUUUUGACAAAGAAACCCCUAAAUCGAAAAUAAAACCUAAUUCUACAUUUACGUUUUCCCAAUAAGUAAAUACGCACAAGGCAAGUUGGAAAGGCAGACGCUUAUUGUAGGACGGUACUUUGCAUUGCGUUUAAGGGGUCUUUAACCAUACUGUAGAUUUAAAGCUCGUUGUGUGACCAAACCUUGUCUUCACUGCAGUAGGCCUACAGCUUUAAAAGUCCAAAGUUUCCUCGUUGGACGUUAGAGCCCUCCUACUCGCUUUGCAUUGUGAGUCCAGGCGCCUCCCUCGGUAAGCGUCAUCCAAUUCAGAUCUGCUCUCCGCGGCUGUCAGUUAUACGGUAGCAUUUCGGGUCCAGACGCCGCUGCAGAAAGGCAGUUUCUUCCAGUUUGGGAAUUUCGGGAACGGCACAGAAAUCGUGGUGUUGCUGCUGGAGGAAGAGACGCCAAGUACGCAUCGCUCCCCUGCCGAAGCGAACGGAGGCAACUUUCCGUGCAGCCGCCAGCUCUGCGUAAAAAAACCAACAUUCCAAGAUUCUCCACCAGCGCGGGAGGAGGCGAGCUCUGGAUCUGUGGAAGUUCAGGCAGCUGAGUGGCUACAGUUUGUCAAGAACAAAGUAAAAAAAACCCAACAAAACCAACUCCAUUAAAUAAUUACAAAAGCAGCUGGAGAAAUCGCUUGGUCUUUUCAUUUUGUUUUGGGGGAAAAAAUAAAUAAAAGGGGGAGACGUACUCUGUUCUAGGAACUUCCAGAUUCGAAGCAUCAAAUCUCCCCCUCCUUACCCCCUCUUCUUUCUCCCAAAAACGAGGGAGAAAGAGAGGCACCGAACUGCAUCACCCUACGGAGCAUUCGGAUACAGGCUUAAAGCGGAAUUUUUAUCUUUGGGAAAUCAUGGAUUGUUAAAACCUGUGUUGCGUUUAUUUUAUUUUUUUUUGUAUCGUAUUGCAAUAUUGUGUUUUUUUUUCCCCGAUUUGUUCUUAUCUGGGGGUUCCGUCUCCGAGCUGCACAGAAAGUACUAUACCCAGUGUGUGCGUUUAUAGGUUGGUGAACGGCAAGAGCUCUGCGCUGUAGCUCUCGGACUGGAAGGACGCACGCACGCCUUACGGUCUCUCCUGUAACGAAGUGCAGAUCGCGGGAUCGUUUUGUCUACGGGUCGUGGAAUAACGUGACAAAUUAGAUCGUGACCCCGACAGACGCCACAUCCCCUCCCUCCCCCGUCUUGGCGCAUUCCCAGUUUAAAUCCCUCAUAUUUUUUGAUGCUUGUGUUUAACUCCCGGUUAGCAGACUGGAAUUUUGCCUGCAUCUCCAUCGCCAAGUUGCAUGCUUACCUGAGCCCAGCUAGCUCGAAUAUACUUCAGCAUAUUUAAAGGCUACAAAAGAACAACCCAGAUAUUUGGGAAACGGUGACAUGAUCAUGAUGACGCCGACGAGCUUUUGGAUAUUCCUAGUGGCUGUUAACGUGCCAGGGCUCAGGGCUCAGGUGGUGCAGAUGGACGCCACCAAGUCGGGCUUUGUGGGCCAGCAGGUGGAGCUGCGCUGCACCUUCGCCAACAGCAACCCCCCGGUGAAGAUCUCCCAGGUCACCUGGCAGAAGUUCCUCAACGGCACCAAGCAGAACGUGGCCAUCGCCAACCCCACCAUGGGCGUGUCCGUGCUGCCGCCGUUCAAGGACCGCGUGAGCUUCAAGAACCCGGCAGUGAGGUACCGCACCCCCUCCCUGGAGGACACCACCAUCACCUUCUCUGGCCUGCGGCUGUCCGACGAGGCCGCCUACAUCUGCGAGUACGCCACCUUCCCGGCCGGCAACCGCGAGAACCAGGUCAACCUCACCGUGUUCGCUCGGCCCACCACUCGGAUGACCCUGACCUCCCCCACCAUCGUGGCUCGCUCGCGGCCCAGCAAGAUGACGGUGGCCACCUGCCUCUCGGCCAACGGGAAGCCCCCCAGCAUCAUCACCUGGGACACCCGGCUGAAGGGCGAGCCCACCUUCCAGGAGACGCAGAACGCCAACGGGACUGUCACUGUGUACAGCGACUACGUGCUGGUGCCCAGCCGCGAGACCCACCGGCAGAAGCUCACCUGCAUCGUCACCUACCGCAACGAGAAGAUCUCUGACAGCGUCACACUCAACGUGCAGUACGAGCCCGAAGUGGUGAUCGAAGGGUUUGAUGGCAACUGGUUUGUCAACCGGCAGGACGUGCAACUCAACUGCAAGGCUGACGCCAACCCACCCGUCACCGUGUACCAGUGGAAGCUUUUGAAUGGAUCCAUGCCCACCAACGUAGAGAUCCGCAACAACACUCUGUUCUUCAAGGGGCCCGUGACCUAUGACCUGGCAGGAACAUAUGUGUGCGACGCCACCAACAGCAUCGGGACCCGCUCGGGGCAGGUGGAGGUCAACGUCACCGAAUUCCCUAACAUCCCGCAACCCGGGGACCGUGUGAGCCCACCGGAGGAGCACAGUUCGGGGGCCGCCAUCGGGGGCGCUGUGGGGGGAGUCGUCCUGCUGGGGGUGGCCGCAGCGCUGCUCUUCGUCUUCCUGCGCCGCCGCCCGCGCACCUUCAAAGGCGACUACAGCACCAAGAAGCACGUGUUCGGAAACGGCUACAGCAAAGCCGGGGGGCUGCCCCCUCACCCGCCCUUGCCCAAGAACCUGCAGUACCCCGAGGACUCGGACGACGAGAAGAAACCGGCGCCCGUCAGGGGGCCCGGCGGCUUCGAGGGCAGCGAUCGGGAUUUCGACCCCGACGCGGAGGACCUGAAGAGGCCGUAUUUCACGGUCGACGAAGGCGAGAGCCGCGAGUACGACGAACGGACUCUGGCUUUCCAGUACGACCCCGAACCCGAGAUCGCCGAUGACAUGGUCUCCCAAACUGACGGCUCUGUCAUUUCAAAGAAAGAGUGGUACGUGUAGCAGCAUGCACCCCAGACGUCGCCCCCUCCCUCCCUACUCACCCCCCUCUACACCUCCCCGUCCCCCACCCCUCUGUCAUUCGCCACCCCUCCUUCAGAUCCAUUCCUUGAGCUCCAGCCCGACAGCACGCCCAUCAGAACCCAUUGAAUCAAGCUCACGACGAGAAAGUUCAAACACCGAGAUCCGAGAACUUGCAACAUCAGCUUGACAACACCUCAUCACGUUAGGCUAAAAUGCUAUUAAAAAUCAUUCUGCUUAGAAAAACAAGAAAAAGGACUGACGCCAACCGUCAUUGACUUUUUUUAGGCCGGAAGGCUGGUUGCUUGUUAAUAACUGUAUUUUAUGUGUGAUUUUUUUAUAUAUUCAUUUUUUUUUCUUGUUACAGUUUAUGUAUGAACUACGUAAAAACAGGAAACACGAAAAUGAACGUACUCGAUAUUUUAAGGGUUGUUUUUUUUGCUUUUGAAAGGGGGUGUGUCUUGUGAAAGUUCUACACUGGAUAUAUGAUUUUUUAUUGUUGUUUUAUUGUUAUCAUUUUUUUAAUGUAAAUGUAUUUGUUUGGGGGAUGAGGGUCAAUAGUAACAUGACAUUUCAGAAGCUGCAUAAAAGUUAUUUUAUCGUACGUUUUGAGGGUUGGGAAGAUUAAAAAAGAACUGGUCAGAAUUUCUGUAUUGCAAAGCGAGUCCGGUGGCUGCUGACUUGCUUACUAACAGUGUUGAUUUGCUCUUAUAAAGAUCAGCAUUGCAUCAUUUCUGCAGACAUAGUCUUCUACAGCAGCCUCCUGCUCCUUCCCCUCUCCCUAAACAGUGAUUGACAUGCAGAAUCUUCAUCUGAGAAUGUAUUACAUUGCUGUCUAGAGCAUAUGGGGGUCAGGCUUUUAGAAAACCAAGACUCUUUAAUCUUAAGAACUCAAUUUCCAAAGAUAUAUGAAAUGCAUCUUUCAAGCUCUGAGUUCCUUCGACCUGGUUUAGCAUCACUCUUCAUCAGUGUUGUAAAAAGCAUUUGCGUUGUGGACCUGUACAGUAUCUUGUAUUAUCCUGCUUUGUAUCAGUGGAAUUUCAUAUUUAGCACUAUAGUGAGGGAGAGGGAUAUAAUAUUUUAUUAAUCUUAACAGGGAUGGGGGGGCAACCACAUUGGCAAAUCCUAAGACGAGGAAAGAGAAAGAAACUGAAGCUGCGAGCUAAUAUCUGUGAAACUGAUUUGAAUGGUGUCUUAAUUGAACAGGGGUUUGUACUGUUCCGUUGCUCCGUUAUCAGUGACAUGAAAAUGACAGUAUUUUUCGAUAUUGUUUCAGCAGUGAUGGACAGUGAUCUUCGAAACGGUUUCUUUCCGCAGAGCUUUGUACUUGCAAGAGGGAAAAGCGAAUGGCGGAAGGAAGGCGUUCGUUGUUUUUUGGCUUCUUCGGCUUUAUAGAGGAGUGGUCCGGGGGCAAAAACACAUUGCUGGAAAUGAAGGGACAGUUUCAUUAAGACAAUGCAAAGCUACUGUAUAAUUCUUGGAUGUGUUUAUUUCAAGAAGUCUGGCUUUUUAAGGGUGUGGAAAGAAAGAAAAGACACCUUACACGUGUAAAUUAUGUAUCUGAAUGGUGUCCGUUUAAUAAAAAUCCCACAAGAGAAAGCACAAAACCUGAGACCCCAUUCUGUUCCUGAGAACCGUGUAGUCCAGGGUCAGAUGUGAAUACGUGUCAUCAGUCACUGUGGAGCCUUUCUGGAGGAUGAUGAAGACAGAAAAAAGGCAGAACUCUUUUGGUGGCUAGGCUAUCCCACGCAAAAAAUAUUUCAUAAACGAACUGAUAAUGCCUGAAUUAUGUGGGGGAGCAGGGAAGAUAUCGUAUUUUUUUUUUCCUGGCUUGCCCGCUGCAGUGGCUCGGAGAAGAAAGAGACAGGGCUGCCCUGUGGCUGUGUCCGUGGCAGGAGAAAGGACUGGGAGCUCUCCUGGGCCUGUGAUGGCGGCUUUCCGCAGUGCCUUGUUCCACUCCCAGAGGACCUGAAGACAGGCAGCGGAGUUUCUCAUUAAAAACGAACAAGAAGUGCAACAGGAAAUCAAAUGAGCAGAGAGAGAGAAAAAAAAAACCUUAAUGAAAGGCUGGUGAAAUCUGCCUGACUGGAAAAAAAACAGCUUUUAUCAGCUUUUUUUUUUAAAGAGCGGAGUGGUUGGUCUCCAUUCGUGGCGCAGGCUGAACCGGGAGAGCACUUGUCAGUAUUUGAGAGGGAGCUGGAUUCUGCGUUGUGGGGUGUGCAGGCGCUGCUUGUGAAAGAGAUAAGAUUCAGUGACAAAGACUGGUGCUAUCAGUCUAAGGCCUGGCAAGAUUUCCCAUCACAGCUGCCACUGCGAGGAGCAGAGCCACACUGCUCAAAACCAUGAUUCCACACACCGGAGUUAGUGCUAUCAGCUUAAAAGAAAAUAAGAACAUGGAGAGUUCUGUGUUUUUUUAUUUCUGUUGACCCUCUGUUGGUGAAUACUGUACAGGAAAAAUAUAUGCACGAUCAUUUCUUAUAGAGAAAAGUCAGCUGUUGUCUCCAAGUAUCUAUAGAAAUAACUUUUUCUGUACAUUGCAUAUUCUAUACAAAUAUAUGUGUACAAGUUACAGUUUCUGCAUUGACUUCUACUCAUGUACGAUGUUAACAAUAGAAACCCUUCAUUUUUAUAGGGCAACUAACUGAUACACAUUCACUGACAGAACAAGCAGGAGCUAAGCAGAGUUGGCAAAAUAGGCACCUACAGUACAUAGAAUACAUGUUCAUUGCAAAUUGUUAUUAUGACCGCUGUCUGAUGUUUCAGAGUUUUCAAAAUUGCCCACGUUAAGGAUGGGCUAGAAAGAAGUCUACUGUAUAUAGAAUGUCUCAUCCAGAGUGUCAGCCAAUAGGAACUAUGAUGGUGAACAUGAAUGCAUUCAAUUUACUUACCAUAGAGGUCGUGGCAACAAUGUUUUAAAAUCAAGACCAUUGCAGCACCUUCAAUGGAACAGAGGCUCUAACAUUUUUUUAAUUUCGAACUUUAAUCCAAGAAUUUGUUACCACUUGUCUAAAUUCUCACGCGAAGGAACUGGCCCAACAACUGGUGCUGUGGCUGGGUAUGUUAUACCACAGACACGAAGCGAAACUGAAGUGAAGAACAGUAAUUGAAUCUGACUGGCAAUUUAGCCUUGGAGGUGUAGCUCUAGAACAGUUUGUGGCUGAUGUUCAGGGUUUUUCAGUUUCAACCCAGAAGCCCAGAAGUCUAUCACAGGGCUAGUGGGAACUCAAAUGGCUACAUCAUGUGAGCAGAUUGAGCUCUGCAGUCCAGACUGUGAGCUUGAGCCAGGAUCACAUUGCAAACCAAUUCCCCCAAACAGCAGUGCUCAGUCAGUUUAGUGCCCUCUAGUGUAGGCAUGGGAUUAGCUGGCCAGUGCUCUCUCAUAUCUCAUAACAGAUUUUCUGAGCACCUAAAGUACAUGUUUCGAGCUCAUGUAAGCAAGAGAUGUGCCUCCUCACCAACAAGUCUCCAGGAGACAUGUCAGCUCUUCCCCCGUUCUUCCUGUCCAGUCCAGGAGUCGUUUGCCAUGAACAGAAACACAAAGAAACAAUUAGCAGGUCCAAAUUGGGCAGGUAUGACCUGCAAAGUACCGAACAUCGUGGAAAACAAGUGUGAGGUGGAGAGUUCCCUUGACAGCUCUGGAUCUUGAAUAAGCUGGAGUGGCUGUAGGAAUGCCUGGGAAAGCAAUACUGUACUUUCCUUUAGUUUUCUAAGUCCCUUUUUAAAUAUACAACAAUGAACACAGUCAUUUUCAGAGCUCCCCCCCACCCAGAGAACAAUUUGCUCAUGAUUUUCAGAUAGCUAUUACAAAAGCUGCAAAAUGGAAAUCGAUCUUAUAUAAUGGUCUUCAUUUUUCCUGUGGGCAAACUGCUCACUUCAUAAUAAGCAAAUUAGAUGGGCAAUUUGCCCACAGUUUCCCCACUUUACAGGGAAAAUUGGGCUCAGCGAAGAUAUGGAAGGCAAAGUCAGAUUUAAUCAAACUCUCAUUAUGUCAAAAGGACCCAGAAGGGUGAUUUUUAGAGAAUAUUUUCAGUUAUAAAUUGAAAUGCUUUGUCUCUGUAGACCAAAGUCAGAAAGUUUACUCUUUAAGAAAAGUAUGGCAAACGUUUGUGUUUUCAGUGGUAAGCAAAGCAGUGCCAUCACUUCAGCGGGACAUCGUUGCUUCGUGUGUAACGAUAAGAGUGAAGAGAGUACAGUGCCUUGAAAAAGUAUUCACUCCUACCAUUUUGUUAAGUUCCAAAUUAGCUAUUCACAUUUUCAAAGUGACUAUUUUGGACUUUUUAUUUCCGGAAACUUUUCACGGUACCCAUGGUGAGACAGGGGAGAUAGAGCCCAUCUUGGCCAGGAGCAGGUGCAAGGCAGGGUGCACUGUGAAAGGACACCAGUCCAUCCCAGGGCGCACACACACAAUUAACCAAUUAACCAGUAAACCAAUAAACCCUGCAGUCUGUCUUUGAAACUGUGGGAAGCCCACAUGAACACUGAGAGAACAUGCAAACUCCACACAGACAGCACCCCUGGGCCCCAACACUGCAAGGCAGCAAUGCUACUGUAAUUAUUGCUAUUGCUAACUAACUGGAUCCAGCAACUGUCUUAGUUAAAUCCUUAUUCUAUUUUUUAUAUAAACAUUUUUUAUAGAUUCGUUAUCUCAUUCAUUGUUGCAGCCAUAGGCUUUCUGGUUUAGUUUUUUAAAAAUUAUUUUCUGCUCUAUAGGUGUGUGGGUUGCCGUUGUGGGUGGAAAAGAGAGGGAGGGGGUCAGGGGGUGGGGGUGGGUUCCUUUGUUCUGCAUUUUGUUAACCGUGAUUUUGAGUUUGUUGAGCAUUGUUUACAAAAAUAAAUAAAAAUAUAUGUAUAUAAAAACCUGAAAGCUCAAACUGGACACAUUUAUGUAAAUAUGUGUAUGUGCAUUUGUUCAUAUUAAUUCAAUAUAAAAUUGCAGAGAACCAUCCAGAAAUAAAAUAUGUCGAUUAUGUCCUGUAAGUAUUCACACCCCUGAGUCAGUACUUGCUGGAAGCACCUUUGAAAGCAAUUGCACCUCGGAGUCCUUUUAGAUAAGCCUCUGUGAACUGUAAACACUGAGGUGGGCCAGACUUCCCCAGGCUCUGCCGAGUCGGGUGGAGAUUGUUAAUGGACAGCAAUUUUCAAGUCCUGCCGCGGAUUUUCUGUCUGAUUUUAGUCAGGGCCUUGACUGAGCCACUCUGGCCUUGUCCUUCCGAUCGCUGUUCCGUGGAAAGGUUGGUUUCUGUCCCAGGUUUAGGUCUUCAGAAGACUGAAGCGAGUUUUCCUCCGGGAUUUGCCAGUACUUUGCUCCGUCGAGUUGCCCCUCAACAUUGGCAAGCUUCACAGUCCCUGCUGACGAGAAGCAGCCCCUUCAUCAUGCUGCCACCACUGUGCUCGAGAGCAGGGAGCUGCUGUCUGGGUGAUGAGCUGUGUUGCUUUCGCACCAGAUGGUAACCAAAAAGUUCCAAUUUUCUCAUGUCUGACCACAAUGCAUUUUGCUGCAUGUUUGCAGUAUCGCUUAACUGCUUUGCUACAAACUCCAUGCAGGAUCUGAGGGGUUUAUUCUGUUACUCUGCCAUACAGGCCAGUUUUGUGGAGUAACAGGGGUUUCAUUUUCUCUGGUCUCAGCCCACUGAGCUCUCAAAGUGACUGUCACCUUGUAGCCCCCCUGGCCUUCCUCCAUGCCUGGCUGCUCAGUUAAGAGGGAUAACUCGAUCUAGGCCUCCUCCUUCUGAAUUUGGUGGACGUCCAUUCAGCGUCUUUGAAUAUUUCUUUCCGUUCCCUGAUCUGAACUCGACUAACUUUAUCCCUGAAUUAUUUUGAAAGCUUCCUAGUCACCAGGGUUUAGUCUUUGUUUGACAGAGGGAACGUACAGAAACCGUUGCAUUUAUUCUGAAACUUUGUGAUUCAUUAUUACCGGCCACAGAGGCCAUUCAACUAAUCGUUGCUUCUGUCACUUUGUGCAAUCUGUGCUAACGCAGGUCUUCCAUGGGAAAGCUGCUGCAUACGUACUGUCUGCAUCAAGAUAUUUUAGUUUUUGAGUUUUCUUUUUCUGUUGGUAUUUAACUUCUUUCACCCAUAAAGGUUUUCAGUUUGAGCAUUCUAGCUUGGAUUAAAAAUAUUUACCUUAAAAACAGGACCACUUUGGAAAGCGGUGAAUACUUUUUGCAACGGACUGUAUGUUACCAGUUCAAAACCCCCUAAACAUCUAUGUAUUGUGACUGUGUACAAAAAGUUCAUCUUGUAAGUUUUACUUCUGUUUUUGAAUAGCGGUUUUGUCUUUUAAAAUUCCUAACCAAUAUUCAGUAGCAUCUGGCUUCAUUAACUGCAUUACCAAGUUCUGGCUUCAGAGCUUAACGUUCCAGUGUAAAUAAUGUAUAUACUGAAUAAAGUACCCGAGAUAUC